CGGGAGUGUUUGUCUACGCCGGGCAAAGUAAGGCAAGAUGGCUGCGCCCUGUGUGUCGUGUCUUAGUUGAUGUUUUGCACGUAUAUUCUAGUAUUUUAUUAUUUAUCGUUUUAUAAUAAUUGUUGAAUUGUCGUUUAACACAAAUAGACAACAGCGUCAUUUGCAGAAAUCUUUCCGGUAGUCCUGAUCCUGUUAAUUCACCGUUGCAUACCAUUUUAUCCCUAGCGAGAAUUGUUAAAUGGUGGAAAAACAUCCUUUGAACAGAUCGUUUAUUUAUAAAGCGUUCGAUGAGCAAAUGUCCAUUAUCCUCUUUGAAUUAUAAGUAGGGUUUCGUUAAAAAAAACCAACAAGAUAUAUCCCAUUUUUAUCGGGAGUUUAAAAUCAUUCUAAUAUUAUAGUUAACUGUUCUCGACAACAGAAGGCAACCUCGAUUCUGACGGAAGAUGGUGAACGACAAGGAAAUCGAGGCGCUGGGAAGUAUACUGGUGAACGUCGAGGAGCCCCUCAGGGCGCGUUUCAGGGCCCUGUUCACCCUGAGGAAUCUGGGCGGGUCGGCCGCCAUAGACUGGAUCAGCAAGGCCUUCGCGGACGACUCGGCGCUCCUGAAGCAUGAGCUGGCCUACUGCCUGGGCCAGAUGCAGGACGAGCGCGCCAUCCCCACGCUGGUGUCCGUGCUGGAGGACACGCGGCAGGAGCCCAUGGUCCGACACGAGGCCGGAGAAGCUUUAGGAGCAAUAGGAAAUCCCAAGGUUCUGGAUAUCCUGAAGCGUUACUCUGAAGACCCUGUGAUUGAGGUUGCAGAGACCUGCCAGCUGGCGCUGAGGCGGAUCGAGUGGCUGCUCAGCGGGCAGGAGCAGUGGAAGGACGACAGCCCCUACGUGUCCGUGGACCCGGCGCCCCCGGCCCCGGAGAGGAGCGUCCCAGAGCUCCGAACCCGCCUGCUGGACGAGUCCCUGCCCCUCUUCGACCGGUACAGAGCCAUGUUCGCCCUCAGGAACCUGGGCACGGAGGAGGCGGUGCUGGCGCUGGCCGACGGGCUGCAGUGCGGCAGUGCCCUGUUCCGGCACGAGGUGGGCUACGUCCUGGGGCAGGUGCAGCACGAGGCCUGCGUGCCCCAGCUGGCCGCGGCGCUGGCCAGGGCGGACGAGAGCGCCAUGGUGCGGCACGAGUGCGCGGAGGCCCUGGGCGCCAUCGGCAAGGAGCCGUGCCUGCGGGCGCUGCGGGAGCACCUGGGCGACCGCGAGCGCGUGGUGCACGAGAGCUGCGAGGUGGCGCUGGACAUGUACGAGUACGAGAACAGCGGGCAGUUCCAGUACGCAGACGGGCUGCUCCGCCUGCAGGGGGCGCAGUGACCCCUCUCAGAAAGCAGAGCACAGCACACCACCUCCCUGCCUGGCUCUUCUGAAUUUCCCUGGGGGGUCCGUGAUCCAUACCGAACAGAUUUAUUAUCUUUAAUGCUAGGACGUUAGGGAAAUUGACUUAUUUUCAUAUCUACUUGUUUUCUGGACAUUUGCACAUUGUAUGGUUUUAUCACUGCUUAUAUUUAAAAUAUUAAAAUAUUUCAGUUUGAUAACACAUGAGCCUCUGGCAUUGCUACAUUUCAAUAAACUGCAGUUCCUGGUUUAA